CAUUGAAAACACAGUAAACUUCUCUACGCUCAUAAAUAAAGUGAGCGUAGAAUAAAUACGGAAGCCGAUAGUAGUCAUUACAUCGAAAACGUUGGGGGGAAAAUGGCAGCCGUAGAAAGCACUAACAUGUCAUUAAUGCAGUCAGAAGAACCGCUUAAACUAUCUGAUUUAUUAGAUCGAGGAUGGAAACUAUAUGAGGAGGUGGACACCACAAAUGAUCCCAUCGCAGCCACCCAUAUCCAGGUCAAAAUCAAGCGUGGGAUAACGCAACUUGAAGUGGCAACGCGAAUGGUGGCCCAACUCGACUUGUUCAGCCGAAAUGAGGAUUUGGAGGAGGUAGCAACCACAGAUCUGAAGUAUCUUAUGUUGCCUGCCUUCCUGGGGGCUCUAACUAUGAAGCAAGUGAACCUGGCAAAACGACUAGAUCACGUUCAGAUAGCUAGAUGUUACUUUUUGGACUUCUUGAAAAGAUGUAAGGAGUAUAACUUAUCAAAGUUUGAACUACCCAAAAUCAUUGAAAACUCUGCUGACAUACCAGAAGAAGAAUCUGCAAAUGGGCCCCCCAAACCUCCAGACCUAAUUGCGAUGGCAACAGUUAGAGCGGCAAAGAUAGAAAGAUACAAACAGAGGAAGGACACAGAGGCCAAGCUAUCAGAGAUCAAGGCAGCAGUGGACAGUGGGCAGGCAGACGACGAGAUAGUCCGAAACUUUUACCUCCUCAAUGUGAGGAAAUGGAUUGCUGUAUCCCUGGAGGAGAUAGAGAGCAUUGACCAGGAAAUUGAGAUUUUGACCAGGAUGGAUGUUCUAAAACAGAGUUCAGCAGAGCCAUUACACUCUAAAAGGCCUCCCAUGAAACCCUUCAUUCUCACCAAAGAUGCUGUUCAGGCCCGAGUAUUUGGGGCAGGCUAUCCCAGCCUACCUACUAUGUCAGUGGAUGACUGGUAUGAACAGCACAGGAAGAAAAAUGCCUUGCCAGACCAGGGGAUCCCACGCAGCGCUGAGGACUUUGAUGCAGAAGAGCGAGAACAAGAAGAGAAAGAGAAGCGGGUUGAAAACGACGAUGAGGAGGCCUUGCAGAAAGCUAGAGACUGGGACAACUGGAAGGAUACGCAUCAGAGAGGCUAUGGGAACCGUAAAAACAUGGGCUAACAACCAUCAAACAAAUCAACAGUGACAUGCCUGGUCUGCAGUGUUCAUCUACUCUCUGUCCCUCUGUAAUAAAUAAAAACUUUGCUGGUGUGUAGAGAAACAUGGUCUUGAAGAAAAGGGAGGUUUAUACAAUCCCAGACAGAAAUGGUUUAAGUGUCUGUUUAUGGUCUCUUUUUAUUCUGAUGCUGCAAAUCACGGCUUUAAUUGUGGCCGUAUCAGAGGAAAAUGAUUUAUUGGCAGCCAUUAAUAUUAUCUGCACGUUCCAUACUAAUAUACAACCAAGUAUUUCCACCAAGGCGUAGUCUGUCGAGAUGGUGCAGUGCUAUGCUUGAGAAGAUUAGUAAAGUGAAUUUGAUGAUCAAUUGAUUAACAGCUGUUCCCAAGCCGAUUCAUAUUUCCUGAGAGUAUCCAACGGUACUUAAAGAGACUUUGUGAAAAACUCUACAGAGGUGGUGGUAACAAUCUACAGUUCCAAAAAACUGCUAUUGUAUAUUGUCAUCCACGCUUAAUGUGUUUAGUGAUGGAAAAGGUAGCUUGUGUGCUUAUACAGUCUCCUAAAAUGUGGCUCUAUACUCCAGCAUUUUGGUUUUGAGAAUAAUUGUUUUCUAAUCAGGUGACAGUACAGAAUAUCACUUUUUGUUUUGAGGGUGUUUUCAUAGCUGAAAAUAAUUUGAAGUCCUAAGGUUUUUUGACAGAUUCACUUAGUGUAUUCAAAAGUUGGGUAUUUGGACCCAUUUUUACAUGUACAUUUUAGUCAUAGAGCAGACACACCUAUCCGGAGCGACCUAGUGCAUUCAACCACGUAUCUCAAAGUAAGUACAUUUUUGUCAAAGUGUUAUUGUGCAGUUUGUUUUGGUUGUGCUGUGGCUUAUGUUUUGCCCAAUAAUAACUGAAUGGGGACUGGUUUAAUUUUCUUUCUAGGUGUACAGAUAAUGUUUCUGAACAUUUCUAGAUUAAUCGUGAUAAUGCCAUGAUUAAGAAAAAUCAUGAAUAAUAAGUGAGAUGCUGAUCAGAGGCUACAACAAAAUAUGCUAACCUCUCACCAUUACCAGUAAUGGGAGGUUAGCAUUUUUUUGGGGGGGGGUACGAUCUUUGUAACUCAUCAUUAUUCAUGAUUAUCCAUGAUCAUUGUAUCCACAUGAAUGUCAAAGUAUUCAGAAAGAUCUAUUCUUACAAUAAAAGUGACUCCAAAAUGGCACAAGUCGAUCCCGGUCCCUGAAUUCACCAUUCUGUUCCUAUUGGGCAAAACCGCAAAUGCAUCAAAGUUUGUAGUAGCUUGAUGUAGCCAUUGUGUGUGAGGAAUAUGGGACCAAAUACUAAACUUUUGACUACUUUAAUACACUAAAGUGAAUUUGUCCAAAUAGUUAUGACUUUUUCAAAUGGGGGACUAAAUAUAUUAAUGUAUUUAAUUUUUUAAAUUGUACAACAGACCCUCGCUGCUGGCAUUCUGUAUUGUCGCCUAAUAUGAAACAUUCUCAAAUCUAAAAUACUGGAGUAUAGAGCCACGUUUAAAAUGGUUUGCUUCACUGUCAGAAUACAUAUGGAGUAUAUACAAUAUUUUUUCCUCUGAUUGAUGUCCAUUGUAACACUGAAUAAUGGUUUUGUAAUACAGAUGUGAUGCACUUAA